AUGUCCUCCGAAUACUCGACGGAAGAGGAGGAACGCGAGAGACUAGGAAAGGUUCUCGAGAGUGAGCCUUUACCGUUGUGGCGUUUGUUCAGGGAGGCGUCGCUGAGUGGCGGCGCGUGUCGCGAUAUCGUGGAGAAGCACGUGAUGUGGAAACUGAACGGGACCGAUCUCAAAUUCUUGUACGGGGUGAAUAAGGAGACGAGAGCGUUGGUGAAGAGAUCAACUCGCGCGGGCGCUUUGAAAAAGAAGUUUAAUAUUGGAGAGAUGUCGUCGAUAUCGACUUUGGAAGUUGCGUGGGAGAAUCGAUCGUUGUGGGCGUGGCGCUGGGAUGAAAGAUCUUUCUGCUCUCAAGUUGCUCUAACGAAUAAACUCGAGUUGCUCAAGUGGGCGCGAGAGAAGAAAAAGUGUAAGUGGGAUCCAAGGACGAUUUGUGCGGCCGUAUGUCAAGGUAAUCUGGAAAUGGUAAAGUAUUGCAUUGUAAAUAAGUGUCCUAUCAGUAUGUUGGAGUGUGCAGAUGCUGCCGAAAACGGUCAUCUCGAGUGCCUCAAAUACUUACACGAAGAUGCCAAAGCGCCUUGGGAUGAGUAUACUGCCAUUUGGGCGGCUGCAAAAGGUCAUCUCCACAUACUCGAAUAUCUUGUUGAGCGUAAGUUUGAUAAAUAUGGCGUGUGUGCGUGUGCGUUUGCAGCCGAGAUCGGCCACUUCGACUGUUUGAAGUACUUACACGAAACCGCCAAAGCGCCGUGGGACUCUGCGUCCGUACAAGGCGCGCACUGGAACAACCACACCGAGUGUUUACAAUACCUCCUCGACAACAACUGUCCUCUCCCACCCGGUUGGCGAUACGAAGACGGAACGUUAAACACCUCAUAA